AUGGCGCAGGACCCAGCUUUCCUGCAGCGCUUGCAGGUGGCGACCUCGACCUCCCAGGUGGGUGUGGGAGGUGAACUCUCAAAGUUCGAGUUCCUCUUCGUGGGCAAGACAGAGCUCCAGAUGAAAGCACAAGCGGCAGAGGACUUCUCAACAGUGGUGCCGAGUUGCCGCCCGGGAUACAUCGAUGUGACGGGUGGUAAAGCCUACCAGUGGACAUGCGCGUUCUACUGCGAGGGCGGUCAGAAUUUUGCAACGAAGAGCUGCCUCUGCGCUUGCCUCACCCAAGAGCAGAUCGAGAAGCUUGGGCUUUCAGCGAGCACCACCUCGACCGCGAACUACGCGGCACAGGGGCACAGCAUCCUGGUCACUCAGGCACCUGACACAGAGGGGAAAGUGCCCGAACGGGUUGAGGAGGUCCCUGUCGGCGAAGUCCACGAUGGGCCAAUGGAAAAUCUCCACGGGCAGACUUCUGGCGACUACGUGGCGGCUGCCUCCGGCAGCACGACGGCUCCUCCACCGGUGGUGCCGCCAGCUGCCUACAGCUGGCAGACUGUCCUCCUUGUCUUGACUGGCGCGUUUCUAAUCAUUGUGGCCGUGUCGAUGGUGUUGGUCUUUGCCCACCGCAAUGGCUUCCUUGGGGCCUUGCAGGUGGUCAAGACCAGCAACCUGGACCACGUGGACGUGGCGAACCGGCCCUCGGACGUCCGACUCAGCCCGGACAAGCUCUCCUGCCUGCGGAGGGAUAGCCAGCUUGCGGCCGCCUGCAUGUCCCCAAAAGCCGUCGUCGCCAUGGACCACUUGGAGAAGCUGCGCAACUCGGGCGACGCGGCCGCCAAGCAGGCGGCCAACUACCACCUCGACUCGCUGCACAUCGCCCGAACCCCGCUGCCCGGCCUGGAUCAGAGUGACGUAUGGUCAUUAGAGUCUCCUUCGGAAUGA